AAGCGGAUUUUCAAAGCGGCGAGGCGGCGAGCGCCCGCGCCUGUUCAGACCGGCCGCGUUGCCUGGCUGGCCGCGCAGCCCGGAAGGCGGGGCAUCUCGAAAUUUCUUUAGCAAUUUCACGGACGUGCCGCCAUCUCGCGGCAGUUUGGGUUUGUACGCGCACUUUCGAUAUUUUUUUCGUCGUGGGUUGGCGCGCUCCCGUCCACUAUCUACUUCUGCACAAUGAUGAGCUCAGACGAAGAAGAAGAGAUCGCUGGCAUUUUACUGGCCACUUGUCUAGUCGCUUUUCAAGAACAGAAGCGAAAAGCUCAGAGAAAGAAACCCCGCCAACGUCGCUGGUGGGUUCGGCCAGCCUUGCAAGAGCGAGAUAGAAUGGGCCAUGCCAAUGUGUUGCUGCCUCACCUUCGUUCGCGCGACUUGGAGUACUACAGAGACUAUUUGAGGAUGCCCCCACGGUGUUUCGACACUUUAUUAGAACUCCUCAAGCCAAGGAUUCAAAAAAGUGACACGAACUACCGAAAGGCGAUUCCGCCAGAGCAUCGGCUAGCGCUGGCUGUGAGGUUCUUGGCUUCGGGGGAAACACUCCGCUCCUCAUCUUUCAGUUUUCUUUCUGGUCGCUCCACAGCUUGCAUGAUUGUCCCCGAAGUGUGCCAGGCGAUUUGGGACGUGCUUGGGCCGGUUUACGUAUCACGGCCGUCAACUCCAGCUGAAUGGCUAAAGGUUGCGAGAGAGUUCGAGGAAAAGUGGGACAUGCCACAUUGCCUUGGUGCAAUAGAUGGCAAGCACGUGAAUGUUGAGUGCCCGGCAAACUCAGGAAGCCGAGACCGAAAUUACAAAAAUACGUUCAGCAAAUCACUGCUCGCUGUGAGCGGCGCAAACUACAGCUUCCUGUAUGUUGAAAUCGGUCACCAUGGAAGCGAGUCAGAUGGUGGGAUUUUUAGCAGAAGCAACCUGCAAGCAAAAAUUAUUGAGGACAGCCUUGGAGUUCCUGCGCCUGCAAGUCUUGGGAGGAUAGGCAGCAUUCCAUAUUUUUUUGUCGGUGAUGAGGCUUUUCCUCUAAAGACUUACAUGAUGAGGCCAUAUUCCAGAAAAGGUCUCCACCCUGUUCUCUCAGUGAGCUCAUCGAUAGCAACAAAACAAGCUUGCAGUGCAGAGAGCAGCACCACCACACAAUUUGAAGAGCUACAGCAAAGGAGAAUAUUUAAUUACCGAUUGAGCAGGGCUCGCAGAGUUGUUGAAAAUUCUUUUGGAAUUAUGGCGCAGAGGUGGCGGAUCCUUCGACGGCCUUUCAAAGCCAAGGAAGAGAACAUUAGAAGGAUAGUAUCCGCAUGUGUCGUGCUACACAACUUUCUUUUGAAAGAAUCGCCUGAAUCGAAGGCCACGUACUGUCCUCCGGGCACCGCCGACACCGAGGAUUGGCAAGGAAACGUGACUGAUGGAAACUGGAGAGCCGAAGGCACAGACAAUGGAGCUCUAGUCACCUUGAAUGGUGCAGGUUGCCACUCAGCCAGGGUUGCUUAUGCCAUGCGCGACAAACUGUGCAGAUAUUUCAUCACAGAGGGAAAGGUGCCGUGGCAGGAGAGCCACGUAAAAGACUGCAGAUGGUAACCAGCCAAAGGUGUCACUGCUGGGAGUUCCAUGAGAGCUGCUGCCUGCCUCGAAAUCCACCCACCCGACCUCAUGGAUCUCAUUCAAUGAAAGUUCAAGUUGGGAGUCUUCCUGGCUCCUGCUGCCACUUUCGGCAGACUUGUCUGAUCUGCAUCAAGCAUGAAUAAAAACAUUUGCUGCA